UUAACUCCCACAAGUACUUUCAAGGCAGAACAAAACCCACGUAGAUCCACACCGUUCAUUCUAAGACCCCAUCUCAUCAACGGUGUAGAUCGACCCGGGUCGUCCGCCUAAAUCUCACAUUCACUGGGCGCGGGAGCUUUCUUCUACGUACACACAGCUACAGGCAUGCUCCAGUCCUGAUCAUGGCGUCUUCUCCGUACCUGUCCUUGCUGACCUCUGUUUUCGGAUUGCUCCUCCUUUCUCUGCUCGUGGAUGCGCGCUCCUGCACCAAGGAAUACCUUGCUGAGAUCUCCAAAUUCAACAUCAUUCAGCACUGCGACGCCAAAUCCUUAGGCACCGAAUUUGGAUGGAACUUCGACAACGGCACGAACCGGCUGGACAUCGCCUUCGCGGCGAGGUUGGACACCGAGACUGCGUGGCUUGCGUGGGGGCUGAACCUGGAGGCGCCGCGCAUGGUCGGCACUCGAGCGUUGAUCGGCAUCAAGCACCGUGACAGGCCACUGGAUUGGGGGAAAUACAACAUCACGAAAGCCACGAUACGCGGCUGCCGGCUGCAACAGUCCGGCGACAUCGGACUCGACGUCCGGAACUUCACCUUCGUCUAUCUCGAGCGGAUCAAGUACUACGCGAUACACGCAACGAUUUUCCUGCCGAAGGAGCACAACAGCUCGAAUACGCACAUCGUCUGGCAAGUUGGGGCGGCCGCCGCAGGGAAGGAGCCGCAGAUGCAUUCCAUAGCGCUAGAUAACUUGGACAGCGCCGAAACCGUCGAUUUGGUAUCCAAUCACACCAAAGGCUACACAAUCCAUGUCCGACACCGUCUGAGAACUGUUCAUGGAGCUCUGAACAUCAUCGGCUGGGGGACACUUCUCCCCGUAGGCGUAAUAAUCGCAAGGUACACGAGGAAGUACCCCUUAAAAUGUCCGUCCUGGUGGUUCACCCUCCACGUCGGGUGCCAAAUUGCAGGAUACAUCAUCGGCGUCAUCGGCUGGUCGAUCGGAAUCUGCCUCGGGGCAUUCUCCAAGUACUAUUGCUUCCUCACGCACAGAAUUCUGGCCAUUAUAAUCUUCACUUUCGCCACCAUACAAAUGAUGGCGCUGAGAUUGAAGCCGAACAGGUACGACGAGUACCGGACUUACUGGAACAUGUAUCACCACUCUCUCGGCUACGUAUUGCUUGCGUUGAUGGCAGUGAACAUAUUUGAGGGAAUCAAAAUCGUGCAGCAGAACCAGGCCUGGAAAUGGGCGUACGUCGGAGUGCUUGCAGCGUUGGGAUUCAUAGCUCUUGCGUUCGAGAUUUUCACCUGGAUUAAGUUCGUAUACUAUCGUUUCCAUGGGGGUCUGCUCAGACGCCGGGGUGAUACUGAUUCACAACCGUCUGCAGUGGGGCCUCAACCAACGGAGUCGCCGAUUCAGUCGUCCUCUAAAUAAUUCUGUUUUGAUGGAAACUUGAGUGCAGACAAUCAUGGCUACCAUGAGAAUAAUUAUUUGGAUCAUUUUGCAAUUUUAUUUUAUUUUACCAGGAAUAAAUAUAUGUAUAAUUUUUUCACAUUUAUGGGUGAUGUUUAUAAUCUGAAUAAUUUUUUAUUUCUA